GUUAAUAAUUACUGAGAGAGACUUUCCAAAACAACAUUUUACUUCGACAUUUCUAAACGCCUACGACUUUUAUCAUAGCAAAACGUAUACAAAAACUGAUUUAGCAAGAACACUUUUACCUAGAAGUUAUUUAUGUUUAUGGGAUACGUUAUAUAACAGUGGUGUUUAUAAACUAACUGGAUUGAUAUAGUUCCUUCCACAAUACAAUUAUGUAGGUAGGUCGUUUCUCCCAAUUAAGGGCUUAUUAAUCUGCCAUUGCCGUCAUCACAGAUGACGUGAUGAUUAUCUAAUGAAAUCUAAGUGUGCGAUGGUAUGGCAAUGAAAAUGAUCACUGCGACCUUCACUGAUCAUCUAGUUUCAUGCGCAUUUUGUAGUUAUAAUUCUGUAGUUGGCCUAUUUGAAUCAAAAUUUAAUUGAAGUUUGAACUGUGCCAGAAUAGCGUUUUUGCGACUCUGUUCAGCGACAGGAUGUAGGACAUGGUCUACGACAUGUCUCCGAUCCGGCACUUACCCGUGAUCUUCGUGAACGGGGUCCCGGGCGCCGGCAACCAGACCGUUGCGCAGACCAUCUCAAAUAUAACUGGAUAUACCAUGAUAAGGCCUGGGGAGCUAGUCAGGGCUGAAGCGGCGAAGGACACCGCUAGAGGGCGCUUGAUUGCGGAUAAGUUACAGGCACAGGAAGAUAUACCUGAGCAACUUACAGUGGAUCUGAUUAAGGAGGCGAUGCUAAUGCAGCAGGACGCCAAGGGCUUCAUUCUGGUAGGGUUCCCGAAGAACCCUCGCAUGUCUAAUAUCUUCAACAGGCAGGUCAAGUGGCCUGAGAAGAUUGUUGCUCUUGAAGUUGAUAAUGAGGUAGCAGCAACAAGGCUACAGAACAAGCUAUCAGAGCUAGGCCGGCCGGAGUCUGAGAUCAACGCGGCGCGGCAGAUCGUCAGGGACGCGGCGCACAAGGUCAAAAACGUACACAAACGGUUCGGGGGACAUGUUAUAACGCUGGACAGCAGCGGCAAUCCAAAAGCUUUAGCAUCUACACUGAAGGAGAUACUAUCAGACACUAUAGAGAAGUGUCAAAAGCGGCCAGAAUCACCCGAACCCCGGCCCCCAACCGUCGUCUCGGCUCCCGCAGUCGCACCCAUCUCGAUGGCACUGUCUCCAGACAUCGCCCCCACGGAAGUAGCCACUGACGGGGACAAGUGAUAGGGUUACUCGUUUAAUUAUUGUGACUUGUUUUAAAU